ACGUGGAGCAGGGGGCUUCAGUCAAGGAUUGUUCUCCGGCUGGAGAAGUGCGGGGCAGAGGGAGGGGAGCAGGUUUCCAGCGCCUGGGGUUGGGGUGCUGAGAGGGGAGCGUUUCGUACAGCGGCGCCUGCAGUUCGGUCUUUGAAAACUGCUAAAGAUUUUAAUAUGCCGGGUACUCAGCCCUCGGAAUUGGAGUGGGCCUAAUGCGGGGACCCGGGAACCCGAUAACAGGAGGUCUGGCCCUAACACCCACUGGGUCUCUCCAGACCUCGACCCCAGGGCUGCCUCUUGUACCUGAAGGCAUCAGAAUGAAGGUUGGGACUUGGACCGUGGAUUCCCCCAGCCCCAGGGAGCUGGGCUUCUCUCCCCAGACGUGAUUCUGGGAUGGGCCGGGGAUGCAGGGGUUUAACAGCUGUGGCGUUAUCCGGAGCUCCCUUUAGCUCCGCCCUAGAGGUUGAACAGGAUGAACAAGAUGAACAGGAUGAACCACAGUGUGUUUUGUUAGCUUUGGUUAUUUUUAAGUCAUACCUCUUGUCCCUUCUUCUGUCAUUUCACUGUAGCUGUGCCCUUCCAAAGCCUUUUAGGGCUCUCUUUGAUCCUUUGUUCAGUGGCCAUCCCUCUGUUUUCCUAGGUUCCUCGUCAUUGUCCAAGGGUGUUGUGUAUAUUGCAUUACAGAGUUUGAUUGCCACCAUCACAUGUGCCCUUUGGUAGUGCCAGGAAUUUUUCCAUAUACCAGCAACCAAUAAAUUUUCUUCCUGUUAGGAGAAGCCAUCCUUGGGGAUUAUUGCGAAAGAGAAGACUUUGGGGCUGGGUUUAGGCCAGUCUCCUAGUCGCCUUCCUUCCGUUGGUACUAUACCCUGGCCAAAGUGCACCAAGCUGAGUGCUCAUCUCAACUCUCAGCAUCAUCAUGUUGAGCUGCCUCUUCCUCCUGAAGGCACUUCUUGCCCUUGGGUUCCUGACAUCCUGGGUGACUGCAGGAGAACAUGGUGAGCUAUCAUUUGGGAUCCCUGGUGAACAACCCUGGUGCUCUGAUUCUGUGGCAGAGUCUGGCGGUGAAUGUCCUGCCGACCCCCUUCCGUGUAAGGAGCUGUGUGAUGGGGAUGCAGCCUGUCCCCAGGGGCAUAAAUGCUGCAGCACCGGCUGUGGCCACGCCUGCCGUAGAGUCCAUACUGGAGGGCGCAGUGGCAACUGUCCAAAGAUUCUGUUGGGCCUGUGCAUCGUCGGCUGCGUGGUGGACGAGAACUGUCAAGCCGGGAAAAAGUGCUGCAAGUCGGGCUGCGGCCGCUUCUGCGUCCCGCCAGUUCUGCCACCCCGCCUGGCCACGAGCCCCAACUGGACCAUCGGGUCUGAUUCUUAA